CUCAAUUACACGCCAUCAUCCUCAAAUUUUCACGCUCAAUUCUCCCGGCUCUCCUCAUAACUCUUUCUCAGAUGCUGAACUGGAAAUGAUGCGGAACGAGAAAACAUCCAUAGAAGCAUUGCUGAGACCUGCCGAAAGUGCACUUGCAGAAAAUAAGAGAGUACUUUCAGUGUAUAAAGCCAUGGCAAAAAUAACCGAUGAUUUGUUGGACGUUGUAUUGGCAACAGGAGGUGAUAAAGUUAACGAGAAUAACGGUCAGGAACUUGACGACGAAACCAUGAAGGAAUUGAUAGAGGAAGCUAUGAGGGAUUUUACUCGAGCACUUAACCAAGCUCAAUCAUGCAGGAGCCGCCCCACAGAUGGCCGAAAUGGUGGAGGCUAUGACGGUAGCUCUGGUGGUGAUCAUCACAGUCUCGAUGGAACCAAUAUUAAUUUUGGGAAGGAAGCUGGCGGAAGCGGCGGUGGCAACGGUGGUGGCCACGCUCAGUAGGUUGAGAGUAGCUUACGGAAUUUUAUGAGUUGUUGUUAAAUAAUGAAUAAAUUUGGUUAACCAGUCUUUACUCCUGAGCCGCAUACUUUUUCAAAGUAUUUUCUUUUGGGUUAAAAGUAUUUUCCUUUGGAUUAAUAAAUGAAUAAAAAAAUAUGAUUAUGACUCCUUAGAAAA